AGCUACCGGUUGGAAGAAAAGGAAGAAAAAGCGUCGACAGGAAAAAUAAAUAAAAAUAAAAAUAAAAAUCCCCGAUCCAUUCACAGCAACCAUCCGCCGAAGACGAACCCUAAUCGGCCCGGAUCCGAUCGUGGAAUUUGAUCGCCGUGGGCGCGGGGGAUCUGCCAUGACCUCUCCCUUCGCUUACCUCUCCGUGCGCCGCCGUCGGUUCCCCCUCGCCGGCGCGUUCUUCUCCCCGAGCGGCCUUUCUGGAGCCGCCCUGAUCAACUCCCUCGCCGCCCUCUGCUCGGAUGUCGUGGCCGCCUCCGCCCGCUGCAGCUUUCGGUUCCAGGGCUGCAACGCCCGAUCCCUCGUCCGCAGGCUCCGGGUUCUCGUCUUCCUCUUCGAGUCGCUCAAGGAAUCCUUCGCUCCGGUGGCUUCCUCUUCCCUCCCUCCCUCCACGGUACUCUGUCUCCGCGAGCUAUACAUCUUUGUCUACCGCGCCAAGCUCUUGCUGGAAUACUGCUCCCAGUCGAGCCGGCUCUGGCUUUUGCUGCGGAAUCUUCAGAUCUCCGGGAAUUUCCACGACAUCUUACAGGAAUUAGCCACUGCGCUUGACGUCCUCCCGCUCUACAGUCUUCGGCUCGCCGCUGACGUCCGGGAGCAAAUUAAUCUCCUCCGUGUGCAGUGUAGGCGAUCCAAGUUCUUCGUCGACCCCGAGGCGGAAGAGCUACGGCACAAGAUCCACUCUUUCUUGGCUCGGUUCGAGACUGGCGAUGUGCCGGAUCCGGAGGAGCUACGGAACACGUUCGUCGAUCUUUUGGGGAUCCAGGAUACUGGGGUUUGCCGGACGGAAAUCGAGUUUUUGGAGGAGCGGAUGCUUAGUCAAGAUGAAGACAUCGAUCUUUCCGUCGUGAGCGGGGCCAUCGCGCUUACCCGGUAUUGUAGAUUCUUUCUGUUUGGAUUCCACGAAGUGGAAGUCGAUAAGCCCUUCAUCGAUGUGUAUAAGUUCUCGAGGAAAAGAUUGUUGAGUCAGGGGAGUAGCUUGCGUGAAGGAAGUAGUGAUUUCUCCUUGGCAAUCCCGAAGGACUUUUGCUGCACGAUUUCAUUUGACCUGAUGAAAGAUCCGGUUGUCGUUUCCACCGGACAGACCUAUGAUCGCACUUCCAUUAGCCAAUGGAUAGAAGAGGGACAUCGGACUUGCCCUAAUUCGGGCCAGACUCUUACAGAUAGUAAGCUUGUGCCAAACCGAGCCCUCAGAAACUUGAUUUCUCAAUGGUGUGCUGCUUACAGCCUUCCAUAUGAAACCCUUGAAGGCGCCGGAGUUUCAAUUGAUAGCAUUACUGCAUCAUGCGCCAGUGAGGCAGCAAUCAAAGCUAACCGAAUCACAGCGUUAAUACUGGUAGAACAAUUAUCAGCUGGUUCGCGGGAAGUGAAGGCUGUUGCAGCCCGUGAACUCCGAUUAAUGGCAAAAACCGGGAAGGAGAAUAGGUCUUUCAUUGCAGAGGCUGGAGCAAUCCCAGCUCUCUACCGGCUUUUCCGGUCUACAAAUCCAGUUGCUCAAGAGAAUGCCCUGACUGCAAUAUUGAACAUAUCUAUUCAUGAUGAAAACAAGAGAAAGAUUAUGGAGGAGAAUGGUUGUUUGGAAUUAAUAGUAUAUGUUCUGAGAUAUGGGUUAACUACUGAGGCAAGGGAGAAUGCAGCUGCUACAUUGUUCAGCCUCUCUGCUGUCCAUGACUUCAAGAAGAUGAUUGUGGAUGAGCAUGGUGCUGUUGCAGCACUAGCUGAUUUGCUGAUGCAGGGAAGCCCAAGGGGAAAGAAAGAUGCAGUGAUGGCCUUGUUUAAUCUUUCGACCCAUCCUGAGAGCUGGUCCCAAAUGUUGAAUAUGGGAGCAGUUUCAGCCCUGGCGGGAGCUUUGAGAGAUGAAAUUGUUGCUGAGGAGGCUGCUGGAGCUCUGACAUUGCUUAUGAGGCAUCACAUUCUGGCGCAGACACUUGCAAGUGACGAUACUGCAAUCACAAAUCUGGUAGGGUUAAUGAAAAGGGGAACCCCUAAGGCAAAGGAGAAUGCAAUUGCAGCUUUGCAAGAAAUGUGCAGACGUGGAGGAUUAAAUGUGAUACAGAAUGUAGCUAAGAUGCCAAUGUUUAGUGGUUUAAUUCAGACCAUCUUGCUCACUGGCACAAAGAGAGCGAGAAGAAAGGCUGCAUUGCUUGUUAGAAUGUGCCAGAGAUGGGAGUCAUCAACAGCAACACAUGGGAAUGAUUGGAGUAUAAAUAAUACAUUGGUGAGAAAUAACGCCUUGGGGAGUUCAAAUUACCAGAAUGGAGAUGUAUCUGUCUCCAUUCCCAUGACAAUUCAAGUACCUGUGCUAUGACCUUGAUGUUCAUUUUGCUCUUGUCGUGCACAUCACUCUUGCUAAGUUUAUUGGGAAAAGAUUCUUUUGUCUAUGCUCGAGUGAAUGAAUUUGUUGGGUAAAGAUGAGCCAAUACUGUUUUACAGAACAUGACGGGUGUAAAUAAUGGCGAAAUUUCUUACAUGUUUUGAUUUUGUAAUGAUUUAAUAUAUGGUUUCAAGGAUUGGUAUCAGUAGUCUGCAGUGGAAGCUAAAUCGCUAUCUUCAUGCAGUAUAUCUCAAGCCUAAUUCCAAUUGUAUUCAUCCUUUGCAAACACUUCUGUGACAGAAUGUGAGUUUGGUUGUUAUGUAUACUGCUAAGUUGAGCAAAUGAAUAUACUUGGUCUUUGUCCUUUUAGAAUUGCCAAUCAGACAUGACUUGUAACA